ACCCCGAUCACUCACGCGUUCUGUUGGGUGUGUGCGAGCGCAGUGAUUCCCACACGGCACGCCAAAACUAAACGCUGCCCUGUCACUCGGCAAAACUCCCAAUUCCUCAAAAUCCUAUUGUCUUUCCUCCAAUUCCAAUUCAUUCCCCGGCAGAGUCGAUGAAGAAUCAAGACGAUGCACCACCGAAAUUCGAUGAACAAGAGGUUGGAUCACCGCCGCCGGUUGUCCCAACGCGCCCACCGGUCGCUGACGUGGAGAACCAGACGCCCUCCCAGGCCAGAAAUGCUGGGACAGGGUUUGGGGUCGCGGGGAUCCUGCGGCGGUGGAAGAGGGAGGACUUGUUGAGGAAAGGGUCGCUGGCUCUGAGGGGACUUGCUCUGGUUUUUUCAUUGCUGGCCUUCAUCAUCAUGGCCAGCAACAAACACGGCUACGGGAAGAAUUUCGAUGAAUAUGAAGAAUACAGGUAUGUGUUGGCAAUAGCGAUUCUGGCGACGUUGUACACAGGGGCGCAAGCAUUCCGGCAUGCACACGAACUUUCCACCGGCACAGAAAUGUUUCAGCGACGGACGUCGGCGUUGGCUGACUUCAUCGGCGAUCAGAUUAUGGCCUAUCUAUUGAUAUCAUCGUCAUCUUCGGCGAUUCCAUUGACGAAUAAUAUGAGAAAUUAUCAAGACAACCUAUUCACAGACGCUGCAGCAUCUGCCAUUAGCAUGGCCUUUCUUGCUUUCGUAGCUCUUGCAAUAUCGGCUCUAAUUUCCGGUCACAAAUUAUCGACUCAAUCUUACAUCUGAUAGAUUAUUACGGGCUUAAUUUCUUCGAUUUCAAGAUUUAUUGUUUGUGUGCCAUAUAGUUUCAUUAAUUGUCACAAAUGUCUUGUAAUUAGGAGUGUACAUUAAUUCAUCUUUGAUUGGAGUUUAGAUCAUUAGGGUUUAUAGUGUGAAUAAUAUGAUGAGAUAUGUAUCUUGUUUUACACAUCAGUAGAAAGAUGUGUACUUUUCUUCUAUCAAGUAAGAAAGUUUUAGAAGAGGGAUUCUGCCAUUCCUUUUCUUUCUUUUUUUUUUUAAAUUUCUUUUUAUAUCAGAAGUCCUUUUUGUUAUAAAAGCAAAGAUUUGGGGCUUCUUCAGUUAUUAACAAUUGAUUUUGAGUUGAAUGCUUGUGUUCUGACAAUAUGUGUGUUAAACAAUAGAGUAACUUUCUUUUGUAAGAGGUAAAGUUUUCGAAAACUUUACAUUGGGAUGUAAUUAUGUAGGGCCGGUACCCAAAUACAAAAGUUCGUUUCUUUGUGAGAGUGACCGACCAACCAUGUAGUCAGACUGGCCUACUGAACUUCCUUGUUGAGAGUGAGGUUGAGAGAAGUGGUAUAUUUUGUAUAUGUAAAGAGUUCUUGAAAAACAGAAACAAUUUCACUUUUCCAUUAUAUGGGCAGCCCUAUAGGUUUGUAUUUGCUUUUUCUAAUGAAAAAAGUGCUUUUGGAACUUGAACAAUUCCUAAUUCAUAUCAUUCUACCUCUUAUUUUCUCUUCAGCUUAGACUUACUAUUACAACAUGGU